ACAAUGGCCAUACUUUCUGCGAAGUCGUCCAUUUUUGUUCCCUCCAUCCACUCCGUUCGUUUAAUAGGGAAACGCCGCUACACGACGCACUUCAUAUCAGUCGUCGAAAAUUGACGGAGUUUUAUAUUCGCGGAGAAAGUGUUCCGGGUGCAUUUUAAGAGAGAAAGUGACCGUGCUCGACGAGGAAACCUGAAAAGGAAAAUUGAGUUGUUACUAUGGAAAGCGAUCCGGGAAGAGCGCGAGGCCACGGUCGUGCGAGCGCCGAAAACGUGAGACCGGGAGGCCGGCGUCCGAGCGAAGACAUCUCACCGAGUCGACAACCUCGUGAGAAAAAGUCGAGAUUGCACUCGUCAGACUCACCACCGGGUACGUCCCUGUACGAGGAAUCUGAAGGAAGUAGUAGUCGACGUCGAUCACCAGAACGAGCAGGUUCCGGUGAUUCGGGUUCGGGAUCGAACAAAUCCGAAAGGUCAAUCAAAUCGGAGAGGUCGUCGAAGGAUUCGAGGUCAGAGUCAUCUUCUAGGCGAGAAAGAGAACGUGGUGAACCCUCAGAAAGAGGAGAUAGCCGCAGUGCUCGUGGCGAACGUGGCGAACGCGAUGAUAGGCGUGAAAGUGGUGCUGGUGGAGCUGGUGGUCGAGCGGGAGGCAAAGCCGAACGCGAGAGGCGCAUUCGUUUUGAAAUUGUCAAGACUCGUCCUCCAAAUGUUGAAACAAAACGUGGCGCUUCUGGGCAGCCAGUUCAAUUGACAGCGAAUUAUUUCCGUCUUCUAAAGAAACCCCAAUGGCGUUUGUACAAGUAUCGCGUUGAUUUUGAACCGACAAUUGAAAUGAUGCGCGUUCGUCGCGGCGUUUUGUCGGAACAUAAAGCUCUUUUAGGUGGUUACCUUUUCGAUGGUACAAUGCUGUUCAGCAUUAAUAAGCUGCCAGAUGAAGUUACCGUCGUGGAAACUAAGAGCAAAAUGGGGGAAUUAUACAAAAUAACUAUCAAGUGUGUUGGCCAUGUUUCAAUGUCAGAGGAUCAGUCAUUGCAAAUUCUAAAUUUAAUUAUGAGACGUGCAAUGGAAGGAUUGCAGCUGCAAUUGGUCGGGCGUAACUUUUUUGAUGCUAUGGCGAAGAUUGACAUACGCGAAUAUCGCAUUCAAUUAUGGCCAGGAUAUACCACGUCCAUCAGACAGCAUGAAAGUGAUAUUCUGCUUUGUGCUGAAAUCGCUCAUAAAGUUAUGCGAACGGAGACAGUGUAUGACAUUCUGCAAAGGUGUACACAAGAGUCUCGUGACUAUCAGGAUAAUUUCAAGCGGCAAGUCAUAGGAUUAACGGUUCUAACUGAUUAUAACAACAAAACAUAUCGGAUUGACGAUGUCGACUUCAGUGCUACUCCAAAACAGACAUUCAGUUGCAAAGAGGUCCAAACAUCAUUUGUGGACUAUUACUAUAAGAAAUAUCACAUUCGUAUUCGUGAUACGAAUCAACCACUCUUGUUGUCCCAAUCGAAAGAGCGCCAAAUUCGCGGUGGUCAAAAUAAACUCGUGACCCUUAUCCCGGAAUUGUGCCGUGCAACUGGAUUAAGUGAUUCGAUGCGCUCAAACUUCCAGUUGAUGCGUGCCAUGUCUGAACAUACACGCUUGAAUCCAGAUCGCCGUAUUGAACGUUUGCGAGCGUUUAAUCGACGACUUCAGCAAACGGAAGCCAGUAUGAAAGUGCUGAGUGAAUGGCAAAUGUCUUUGGAUUCGAAUUUGGUAGAGUUUCCGGGUCGUAUUUUGAAGAUUGAGAAUAUUGUUUUUGGUCGUGCAAGGAAAGCUCAGGCUGGUGACAAUGCUGAUUGGACUCGUCACUUGAGGGAUAAUGAAAUGUUUACAUCAGUUGAAUUGAAGCGUUGGGCGCUGGUUUGUCCAAAUCGCAGUAACCGUGAAGCAAGAGAUUUUGUAGAGAGUUUGAUUCAAGCAGCAAGUGGUAUGAAGAUGUACAUUCGACAACCCACUCCGUUCCAGAUUUAUGAUGAUAGAAAUCAUUCCUACAUUAAUGCUAUUGAAAGCAGUGCAAGUCAGGAUCCACAGUUGAUUAUGUGCAUAGUUCCGAAUAACAAUGCUGAACGAUACAGCAGUAUUAAAAAGAAGACGUGCGUCGAACGGGCAAUACCAACACAGGUUAUGUGCCACAAGACUGUCACACCAAAAGGUGGUAAUCCUCGCUCACUUAUGUCGAUAGCAACAAAAGUUGCUAUACAAAUCAAUUGUAAACUGGGCGCUGCCGCCUGGAUGAUAGAAUUGCCACUAAGUGGCUUAAUGACAAUUGGCUUUGAUAUCUGCCGCAGUACAAAAGAUCGAUCUCGAGCAUUUGCCGCACUCGUCGCUACUAUGGACAUGAAGGCCGAAGCUAAAUAUUUCAGUACGGUGUCACAGCAUAACAGCAGUGACGAGUUGUCCAAUGAUUUGACCAUAAGCGUUACGAAAGCUCUUCAAGAAUAUCGUAAGUCACAUGGGACAUUACCGUCGCGUAUCUUACUAUACCGUGAUGGUGUAGGUGAUGGUCAAAUACGACAAGUGUUUGAACACGAAGUGAAAGUUUUGAAAGAAAGACUCGAAUCUAUUUACCGCUCGGCUAAAAUUGAAACAGGACCCCGGUUUGCGUUUGUCGUAGUCUCGAAGUCGAUCAAUACACGAUACUUUACGCGUGGUCGGAACCCGCCGCCGGGUACAAUCGCCGAUGAUGUUAUUACGCUUCCAGAACGUUAUGAUUUCUACUUAGUGUCACAGUCUGUGCGGCAGGGAACAGUAUCCCCGACUAGUUAUAAUGUAAUCUAUGAUACAAUGGGUCUUGAUCCAGACAGAAUGCAAAUUCUUACUUACAAAAUGACGCAUUUGUACUAUAACUGGUCUGGCACGACGAGAGUUCCAGCCGUUUGCCAGUACGCGAAAAAGUUGGCUUCCCUCGUUGCACAAAGCAUCCACCAGCCUCCGUCAAAUCUUUUGGAGAAGCAGCUGUAUUUCUUGUAAAAUUACUGCUUGCGAAGGGGAAAAAUGGAGUGAAUUUUUUUUGUGUACUUUAGUUGUAUGACAAACAAAUUUCCCAUAUUAUCUUAUGGAUGUUAUGUUUUCCCGGAAAUCGUUUUGAAAGGAUUUCUGAGAAAGGAAUUACGUAAGGAAUAAAUUUUAAAUAGUUGUUUUGUCUUAAAGCAAAAGUUAUAAAUUGAAAUUUGAAGAAUACUUUUUUGGUACUAUGGAAUGCAGAAGCAAAACAAAAAUAUGCACCAUUGAAGGUAACGAAGCAUAUUUCGAAAUGCCGGCGCUCGACUGCCAUGAAUCAUGUUUAAUUUUUGUGAGAGUGGCGCGGUUCCACUGGAUUUUACACCCCAACCGACCAUUUACUAGAAUUACUUUCCUCACAGAACUAGGUUAUACCAUUACUUCAUGUUUUUUUUUUAAACAACUUGCAUUAUUUCAUUUAUACCGUACACAUAAUACUAGAUUAUAAUCGACAUUAUAUUCUUGACAUUAUAAAUUGGAAUAAAACUUUCUAAAUGUUUUAAA